UGAUUUUAAAAACAAUAACAAUUAGUAAAUUAAUUUGUUUAAUUAUGAGUACUAAAGAUAAAGAAAAAAGUAAUAAUGAAGUUACAAAACCAAUAGUAAUAAAAAAUGCUACUGAUUUACAACGGCUAAAGUUGGAGAAAUUAAUGAAAAAUCCAGAUAAACCUGUACUGAUACCGGAUCCACCAAAGGCAAAAUCUUUGCCUUCAGCGCCAGAUUUCGUCCGUAAUGUUAUGGGAUCAAGUGCUGGAGCUGGCUCUGGAGAAUUUCAUGUUUAUCGACAUUUAAGAAGAAAAGAGUAUGCCAGACAAAAAUUUAUACAAGAAAAAAGUGAAAAGGAAAAACUUGAUGAAGAAUAUCAUAAUAAAAUUGAGGCAAAUAAAAAAAUUGCAGAGGAUAAAACUGCAAGGAAAAGAGCUAAAAGACUAAAGAAGAAGAAUAAAGCAAAAAUAAAAGGAAAAAUAAGUAAAUUAGACAACAAUAAACAAUCUAUGUCAUCUCAAUCAGACAGCAGUAGUGAAGAUAAUGAUGACAAAAUACAAGAAUUCAGGGAAAAAAAUAUUCACAAGACUGAAGAACAGAAAGGAAAUACAUAAAAGUAUAGCAUAAGUAAAAGAAAUUCUAAUAAAUUAUGUUACAUUUUGGAAAA